AUGGCUAAAAAAUGUAAUCUAGAAUACAGCGGAAACAAUUCUUCUCAGCGCUGCAUCGGAGAAGUAGAAAGAUGCAAAAUGGAUUGCAACAGAGGAGAUUGCGAUCAGCUUUGCAACGGGAAAGAAUAUUGCAUUAUGCAAUGCAGUGGAAAAAAGUGUACUCAACGUUGCAAUGGGCCAGCAAAAGGAUGCAAAAUGAACUGCAGCGGGGAAGAGUGUAACCAGUAUUGCAACGCAGAAGAAGACUGCGUUAUGCAAUGCAGCGGGGAAAAUUGUACUCAGCGUUACAAUGGGCAAGUAAAAAGAUGUAAUAUGAAAUGCAGUGGGAGAGAGUGUAAGCAGUAUUGCAAAGGAAAAAGAGUUGCAAAAUGCAAUGCAGUGAUGGAGAAGUGUGUAAUCAGCUUUGUAACGGAGAAGGAGACUGCAUUUUGCGAUGUAAUGGGGAAGGGUGUGAUCAGCGUUGCAGCGGGCAAGCGAAAGGAUGCAAAAUGAACUGCAGCGGGGAAGAGUGUAACCAGUAUUGCAACGCAGAAGAAGACUGCGAUAUGCAAUGCAGCGGGGAAAAUUGUACUCAGCGUUACAAUGGGCAAGUAAAAAGAUGUAAUAUGAAAUGCAGUGGGAGAGAGUGUAAGCAGUAUUGCAAAGGAAAAGAGAGUUGCAAAAUGCAAUGCAGUGAUGGAGAAGUGUGUAAUCAGCUUUGUAACGGAGAAGGAGACUGCAUUUUGCGAUGUAAUGGGGAAGGGUGUGAUCAGCGUUGCAGCGGGCAAGCGAAAGGAUGCAAUGUAACAUGCAGCGGGAAAAGAUGUAAUCAGCGUUGCAACGCACAGGUAAAAAGUUGUAAUAUGCAAUGCAGCGGAAAAAACUGUACCCAGGAUUGCAAAAGGCAAUUAGAUAAAUGCAAUAUGCAAUGCAAUGGGAUUAUUUGUGAACAGACGUGUCAUGCUCACACAUGUAACAUGACAAGGUAUGGGCCCAGGAAUAGAUUAACUAAACAGAUCUGCAGAAGUGGUAAUGGCACAUGUUAUCAACACAUUAUGAUGCAGUGCAGCAUGGGAAGCUUUGAUAUCAACUGUUACAGAAGUGGUCGAUGCAUAGCCUCCAAACGGCUCAAUAGUGACUGCAGCCCUUCAAUUUUAUACACGUCCAACGUCGUAAAAUCAGCCUCGAUAACAACAAUACAAGUUAUCGCAACUCCAACUUCAACAGUACAAGGUAAACAAAAUUACCAGGCUUGCAGUGACUGCCCUCGACCGAAAAUGAUGAAAAGAUAACAGUAAUAAUAAUAAUGAUGAUGAUGAUGAUGAUGAUGAUAAUACAAAUAAUACCAAUAAUAAUGAUGACAACGACGAGGACGAUAAUAAAUUAGAUAAACUUGUUUCAUUACAGUGGAUACUAACUGCUCAUCUCCAUACGAGUAAUCAAAACAACUGUAGCAGAGUGGUCAUAAAAGCAAAUCAAAUUUAGAACAGAAUUUGAAAGCAGCUCAGCAAUUAUUCUAAAACAGUUAUUCGCCUCAGGCUCCGUGAAUAUUGUUGAGUAAUCCUUGAGACUCUGAUGGUCGAAUAAUGAUGAUAUUAAUAAAAAUAACCAUAAUAACAAUAAUUAUAAUACUGGUUAAGAAUGUAUGAAAGUCAUAUAUUUGAACUGCGGAUAAAGACAUGAAUGAAAGUGAUCCUCGCAGUAAUGUGCACUACUUAGGCAGUAGUGAAAAUAAGGCCUGAAAAAAAUUCAGAGAUUUGAACCCGUGACCUCUGCGAUACCGGUGCAGCGCUCUACCAACUGAGCUAAACUGGGAGCUGGUCAUGAUGUUGUUGAAUUUUUUUCAGGCCUUAUUCUUAUUCUCAACCGUUUAUUCAUCACUUCACGGGUUUAUUCAGAACCAACAUGACCAGCUCCCAGUUGGCUUGCUAGCUCAGUUGGUAGAGCGCUGCACCGGUAUCGCAGAGGUCAUGGGUUCAAAUCCCGUACAGGCCUAAAUUUUUUUCAGGCCUUAUUUUCACUACUGCCUAAGUCGUGCACAUUGCUGCGAGGAUCACUUUCAUUCACAAUUAUAAUACUUGUACAAAUAAAUAUAAUGAGAACAAUGUCAGAAUUUUUUGCUCCACCAAAAAUUGUUAAGACCCCUACAUGAAAUAUCCCACUUAGAUUUCUCGUGUUCCAAACUCCUAGUAGUUGAUUGAAGCAUAAUUUGAGAUUGUCUGAAUUAAUUUUGACCAUGACUUUUUAUUUUCAUAUACAGCUCCUUUGCUAUCAUCAUCACCGAAAUCAUUUUUAGUAUUGGUACCAUCCCCAUCGUCGUUAUCGUCAUCAUUAUCGUUUUCGUUACCACCGUCGCUUUCGUCAUCGUCAUUUCCACCUCGGACAACUCCGUUAUCGCCGUUGGAAAGCAUUGAGAAACUGGUACGUAUUGAAAGUUAUUUUAACUGUAAACUCUCCGCUAACGAACACUCUCGUAAGCGGACAGCUCUCUAAAUUGUUUUUUCUAUUCCCGUUUAUGCUUCCCAGUUAGAUUCUGUAUUCUCUCUUUCUUGUAAGCGGACACUCUCUCGUAAGCGGACGCGGACACUUUUUAAAGUGGAAAUUGAAUUUUUCCUUUGUUUUCAUUCUCUCUUCAUCGGACAAGCGAUGCAUACUAAUGGCCUCUUGGCGAUAAAAUAUUUUUCAACGAAAAUAUGUCCCUUUACAGAGCAACAGAAUAGAAAGGAUCCGUUUGAUGAAAUAUUCAUUUGCCUGUGAGAGAGCAUGCUGCCCGUUUGUCUAAUAUUAACACUCACCCGUCAGCGGGCAUCCCCUACUCUUCUUUUGUGUCCGCUUAUAGCAAAAAUUUUCCGUAGGCGGAGAGUUCUGUUAACGAACUCUUUUUUCAAUUUCUGAGAGUGGUUGCUUACGAGAGAGUUGAUGAUAUCUUUUUGUUCGCAAGUUUCAAGUCUGUGUUCGUCCGUCAACUUUGAUAACUUUUUUCAUCCUAGGUAAACGCAUCUGUUUCUGAAUUUAGUAGAAUAGAAAUCAGCAGAAACAGCUCCAUGCAGGUAUCUGAAUUAACUAAUGACUUAUGUAUCUUUAAUUUUGAUCUUAAAUUUCAUUGCUAUUCUUGAUAAUUGACAUUAAUCGUUUAAACGCAGAAAUAGAUAUUCAAAGGAAUUCAAGUCAGAGGAUUAGGUUUAGAAACACCAUGAAAAAGACGCAGGGACCUGUGAAACGACAGCUCUCUCAAUGAGGGUUAAGCUUGUUCAAGGUAUUAAUUUCCGUAGAUGAGCACUGAAAACGUGAGGCAAGCUAUAGAAAAAAAAGUGAGGAGACUAAGUUGAGCGGCGAAACAACAGCCUGAUAUAACCGAUUUUCGCCCGAGUUCACUGACCUCUGACGCUGACCCAGGUUACUAAUGGUGAUAAAAAAUCCACAAAUUCUUUCUGUUCAAUAAGCAUUAUUUUACAAAGCGAGAACUAGUGGGGGAAGUAAUUUCUGACCAACUUUUUCCUUCUCUAUUAGUUGUACGUUGUUGAUGCUAUUGGAUUGUAAGACACCUGAUUUUCUGUAACAUUGAUGAAGAGUAUUUCAUUUGCAAUUACAGGAGGCAAUAAGUUUGUUGGAAGACUUCACCGAUCGGUAUAUUACCUUUUCAAAAUCUCAUAAAGGAGAACUUGGUGUAGGAGAGGUUAAAGCAGUAACAGAAUCCGUUUUUAGAGUGGCAGUCGCCUUCGAGGAAUUUGCUCUUAAUUACGGUAAAUACCAUCUGAGUGGAACAGAGCCUUCAAAAACGAUCGUGCGCCAGAAAAUGGGUAAGUUGAAAUACAACCCCACUUUAGAUUCAUGAAAAUUUGUCUAUCACUUACUGAUCUAUCGAGCUUUUCUCUAAUUGAAUGGUCUCACUGCUCCUUGGGUCAAAUUAAUGCGUCUGAAUAGGAAUGAGGUUAGGGGCCUAAUUUGCAAAUAGUGAAAAUCUCCUGCUUAACAUUUCGUUUCAAUAUCCGAAAUUUGAAUAUUUUGAGAAAUUAGAAAUUAACGAUCUUUCACAUAUUUGAUUACUUUCACGUUUUAACCCUUUAACCCCCAAGAUCUGAUGGUUAAUUCUCCCCUCCAGCUGCUACACAUUUCCUUGUAAAUUAGUUAUAAGAACUUGGUGCUAGAUCAAGAUAGCAGCUUCUACCUGAUAAGUGCAAAUAUCCUCAUUACUUGUUUGCUAAAUAGUGCAUCACUAAUCACUUCUGGGAGUUAAAGGGUUAAAGCUGUUUUGUUAAAACGGUUAUAAGUUAGCGACUACUUGAAUCCUAUGGAAAAUCUGUUUUUUCAGUUCUCUACUUCUGAUUUUAAUUUAGUUACCCGGUUGAACUGAGACAUGUUUUACUGAUGUGAAUAGGUGAUUAGUUACUAGUACACAGUGAAUUAUGUACAAAUUCAAGUUUCUUGAUAAAUGUAACCACUUGUAUCAUGUUUCUGCAAUUUCCUAAAUCCAAUUAAUUGCCAACUACUGUUUACUUUCUUCCGACAGUUUUAAGUAUUCAGAAAGGUUACCGCCAGAAUACGACCGACUUCUCUCUCGAGGAGAACGAAUUGCAAGCCACCAUUAAUAUUUCCUCUGCAAAUUUUGCGGAGAAUGGUUUGUUUCAUCUUUAAAGUACAUCCUUCUGUUUCUUUAUUUUGUAUUUCAUAAUCUUAAUACUUCUAAAAAUGAGUAAUUUACUGGGGUAAUUCUUUUUGUAUUUUUGUUUUUUGUUUCCAGAGUUUUUUAAUUUGAAUUACGCCCGCUAUAAACUUUGAAAUGUUUGUUUGCUUGAUCAUUUGUUUAUUAGGAUCAGUCGUAAUAGGGUGUGUCUACAGAGAACUCCACGAAUUACUUCAAACAAAUCAAGACAUCGAAAAAGAAAAUGGCAAUUCAAGGUGACAUUUACAGCUAAAAUAAGUUCAAACUGUUACAUGAUCAUGCAAUGCGUCAUUUUCCGAAGAGAAUCCACAAUUCAAUAGGCGCAUAGUGAAUAAAUUAUCUUAGAGAUUGUUAGGACACGAUUUUCUUUACAGGUAUGUGAAUACCAGGAUAGUGACUGUAGCUUUGGAUCCCGCGCCCGAAAAAUUACAACAGGAUGUCAUCUUGAAGUUCAAAAACUUGAAGGUAACAUAAUGAACACUGAAUGCUUGACUAAGUUCAUCUUCGUUGCGUUGGGUUAGUUCAAAAGUAAAUAACAUCUCUUUUAGGUCGAUGAAGGAGAGAAGCAUUGUAUGUUUUGGAGUGGCCUCAGCAAGAGGUAAAAAGUAGCCACUAUCUAUUUUUGUUAAAAAAUCAUCUGCUAUUUGGGUCCAAAUUUCAGCAGAAAAUUGGAAAGUAUCAGUUGAACGGUUAUUCGGAGCGUAAGUAGCCCUGAAUUUCAGAAGACAUUUUCAGUAACAAUAACAAAUGUUUUGGACAACCAAAGGUGAAUUCUUACCUUUAAGUUAUCAGUAACUGGGAAAAAAAUAUGCAAGUAACAAUAAUCACAUACUCAUAACUUUUAGUCAUUAAAUGCCAAUUCGAAGGGAGUCAGCACUCUGAAUGAUGUUCGAAACUCCGAAUUGUUAUUCAAAAACAUAAACUCUUUUUUUCAGUCCAGACGGGUUUUCAGGAGAUGGUUGUUAUGUAGAUCCAAUAAAGAGCAACUCAGAAGACACAGUUUGCAAAUGCAAUCAUCUGACUCAUUUUGCUGUCUUAGUUGACUUCAGCGGUGGCCCAGAGGUAUUUUUUUACUGUUGUUGUAAUUUUCUUCUUCGUGAUAAGUGUGUUGGGUCAAUUAAUCCACUGUUCAUUUUAACUUUGCCAUAGCUCUCAUCCAAGGACGUCACUAUUCUGGAGAUCAUCACAUACGUGGGAUUAUGUCUUUCCAUCAUAGGAAUUCUUUCCACAAUAACUUUAUACUUUUUACUCACGUGAGUGCUAUUUCUAAGUAAUCAGUGGUUUAUUUUCUAACAGAACUAACGACGUUAAAUAAUACCGGCGUUCAACAAAUGGUGAGCAACACCCACUACAAGAGGCUGUCAACCAUCAUAUAUUUUCAGUCGCUUCAAAAAAAGUUCGAAAUAAACAUAACAAUAAUUUAUGGGCAAUGUUUUUUACAAUUUCCAUACACUCACUAUGUUGUAAAAUUUAUGAGUCGCUAUUCAUAUCACGUUUGGUUUUCAGUGCUUGUUUGUUUGUAUGUUGUUCCUACCUUUCAUGGUUACUUGAUUUGUUUGACCUCGCUCUUCCUUUGCGUUUCUGCUGAUUUAUCAUACUUUUAUUUAUAUACAUAUUAACAUCAAUACGUGUUUAAUUUUCACCAGAGAUAUUCGACAACCUCUGUCUCAAAUACGACUAAGUCUUUCUGUGUCCCUUGGAGCUGGACAAAUAAUCUUUCUUGCUGGAAUAAAAGCUACAGAAAAAACGGUGGGUGGCUCUCUACUAUACGUGGUUUUUAUUCGAAGACAUCCUCCUUGAAUGAAAUGUGAAAAAAGGUAUUUCCCCCUUUCUUUUGAAGGCUAUUUGUGUCACAGUGGCAGCUAUAAUGCAAUAUUUCCUGAUGGCCGCCUUCUGUUGGAUGCUCGUCGAGGGAAUCUACCUCUACCUGUUUGUUGUGAAAGUUUACAACAUCAACACCAAGAUGCACAUGUAUCAUGUCAUUUCAUGGGGUAUUUUGAUUUUUCGGUUGAAUUUAUCAAACAUUGUUAGGGAUUAUUUUGUUACCUAAUUAUAUCAAGCUUAUUAACUCUUAAAUUUCUUGAUAGGUUUGCCAGUCAUUAUGGUUGCCACUUCAUUGAGCAUCGCUGCUGAAAAAGAUGGGAUACAGAGCUAUACUAGCGAUGAAUAGUAAGGGCACAUCUUAACUUUUUAUUACUCAUUUUUGUUAAUUUUGUUUGUUCAAUUUUUAAAGUUUGUUUCGCUCUAAUGUGAUUAUAUAUCCUACCUAUCCUUAUUAUUUUCAUUAAUCUCCUUCUUACGAGCUUAAUCUUCAUAGGCCAGCCUACGAACUACAGUUUCUUUCAUUGAACGAAUGUUACUUUAGAAAGUAACAUACAAAGCUGAUCAGGAAUAUUGUGGGACCUAAUUUUUCUCUUUUCAUCUUUCUUCCCCCAUUUUUCCCCUUAGCUGCUGGAUGUCCUCAAAUGACAAUUUGAUCUGGACAUUUGUCGCAUUUGUCAUUAUUAUUGAAGUUGUAAGUUUUGCAUUUGAAUAAAUGUUUUCUUUUGACAUUAUUGUGAAUGACUGUGUGCAACAGCCAUACUUCAUUACAAAAUUCUAUUCAUAUCUUCCUCUUUAAGAUCAACAUUUUGAUACUCGCUCGAGUCACAAGGGAGAUGGCCAAAAUGCAGCCAACAGGAGACAAGCAGAUUCUGCAAAUACGGUAUGAUGGAUCUUCCAAAUUACGUAAAAAAAAAAAAAGAAGAUCAUAUCAAAUUUCUAAAUCAUCCUUUUAACGAUAUUUGCAAUUGAUCUUUUAAGAAUUCCAUAUCUUAGACUGUUGUCGUCCUUAGACUUGGCAUUAGAGCAUGCGUGGUUAUGAUUCCCUUGCUGGGUGUCACAUGGUUAUUUGGUCUUCUGACACCAUUACACAAAGCUUUCAACUACGUUUUUACCAUCCUUAAUUCUACUCAGGUACGUGAUUUCAUUAAUAAAAAUAUCCAUACAAAGUGUCCAGAGAUGAUAUACAAUCAGACUAUUUCAGUAUGGUCAGAUGACCUUUGCUACAAUAAUUAUUAAAAUACAUAAUAGGAUAAAACUAAUAAUAAAGAAAAAAUGGAUAAAAAAAAUUGUUUCCGCCUUUAUGUUAUCCUUAUUUACUUCAUUUACCUCUGAGAUAUUGGAAGAAUCGAUUAUAAAAAAAAAAGACUGAUCUUGAAAACCUGUCUUUCUUUGUAAGGGUUUUCUGAUUUUUGCCCUGCACUGUGUACGAAACAGCCAGGUAAGUUUUAUACGGAAAAAAGAUUGUGUAGAGCAGAAGUUUCAAAAUCUUGCAUGAAUUUGAGUGCCUUUUUUUGUUACUUUCCUUGUCUAUCUGCAGAUAAGAGAACGAUUCAAGAGAAAAGUUAGCACUGUUUUCCCAUCUGCAACCAAUGGAAACUCCACAAAGAAGAAUUCACAUGUUAACAUGAGUGAUUUUGCUAUGUGA